GUCUUGGAUCAUCUGUAGCUCUUGAACCAUCUGUAGCUCUUGGACCUUUUGUAGCUCUUGGACCACCUGUAGCUCUUGGACCAUCUGUAGCUCUUGGAUCAUUUGUAGCUCCUGGACCAUAUGUAGCUCUUGGACCAUCUGUAGCUCUUGGACCAUCUGUAGCUCUUGGACCAUCUGUAGCUCUUGGACCACCUGUAGCUCUUGGACCAUCUGAAUUUCCUGGACCAUCUGGAGCUCUUGGACAAUCUGAAGCUCUUGGACCUUCUGUAGCUCUUGGACCACUCUCUCUUGGACCACCUGUAGCUCUUGGACCACCUGUAGCUCUUGGACCACUUGUAGCUCUUGGACCACCUGUAGCUCUUGGACCACUUGUAGCUCUUGGGCCACCUGUAGCACUUGGACCACUUGUAGCUCUUGGACCACCUGUAGCUCUUGGCCCACCUGUAGCUCUUGGACCACUUGUAGCUCUUGGACCACUUGUAGCUCUUGGACCACCUGUAGCUCUUUUACCACUUGUAGCUCUUGGACCACCUGUAGAUCUUGGACCACUUGUAGCUCUUGGCCCACCUGUAGCUCUUGGCCCACCUGUAGCUCUUGGCCCACUUGUAGCUCUUAGACCACCUGUAGCUCUUGGACCACCUGUAGCUCUUGGACCACCUGUAGCUCUUGGCCCACUUGUAGCUCUUUGCCCACCUAUAGCUCUUGGACCACCUGUAGCUCUUGGACCACCUGUAGCUCUUGGACCACCUGUAGCUCUUGGCCCACUUGUAGCUCUUGGACUACCUGUAGCUCUAGGACCACCUGUAGCUCUUGGCCCUCUUGUAGCUCUUGGCCCACCUAUAGCUCUUGGACCACCUGUAGCUCUUGGACCACCUGUAGCUCUUGGACCACCUGUAGUUCUUGGACCACUUGUAGCUCUUGGACCACCUGUAGCUCUUGGACCACUUGUAGCUCUUGGACCACCUUUAGCACUUGGACCACUUGUAGCUCUUGGACCACCUGUAGCUCUUGGCCCACCUGUAGCUCUUGGACCACCUGUAGCUAUUGGACCACCUGGAGCUCUAGGCCCACUUGUAGCUCUUGGACCACCUGUAGCUCUUGGACCACCUGUAGCUCUUGGCCCACUUGUAGCUCUUAGACCACCUGUAGCUCUUGGACCACCUGUAGCUCUUGGACCACCUGUAGCUCUUGGCCCACUUGUAGCUCUUGGCCCACCUAUAGCUCUUGGACCACCUGUAGCUCUUGGACCACCUGUAGCUCUUGGACCACUUGUAGCUCUUGGACCACCUGUAGCACUUGGACCACUUGUAGCUCUUGGACCACCUGUAGCUCUUGGCCCACCUGUAGCUCUUGGACCACCUGUAGCUAUUGGACCACCUGGAGCUCUAGGCCCACUUGUAGCUCUUGGACCACCUGUAGCUCUUGGACCACCUGUAGCUCUUGGCCCACUUGUAGCUCUUAGACCACCUGUAGCUCUUGGACCACCUGUAGCUCUUGGACCACCUGUAGCUCUUGGCCCACUUGUAGCUCUUGGCCCACCUAUAGCUCUUGGACCACCUGUAGCUCUUGGACCACCUGUAGCUCUUGGACCACCUGUAGUUCUUGGACCACUUGUAGCUCUUGGACCACCUGUAGCUCUUGGACUACCUGUAGCACUUGGACCACUUGUAGCUCUUGGACCACCUGGAGCUCUAGGCCCACAUGUAGCUCUUGGACCACCUGUAGCUCUUGGACCACUUGUAGCUCUUGGACCACCUGUAGCUCUUGGACCACCUGGAGCUCUAGGCCCACCUGUAGUUCCUGGACCACUUGUAGCUCUUGGACCACUUGUAGCUCUUGGACCACCUGUAGCUCUUGGACCACCUGUAGCUCUUGGACCACCUGUAGAUCUUGGACCACUUGUAGCUCUUGGACCACCUGUAGCUCUUGGACCACUUGUAGCUCAUCAACAACAUCAUCAACAUAAUACAUCAAAAGUGCGACACAUCAACAGUGCGACACAUCAACAGUGCGACACAUCAACAGUGCGACACAUCAACAGUGUGACACAUCAACAGUGUGACACAUCAACAGUGCGACACAUCAACAGUGCGACACAUCAACAGUGUGACACAUCAACAGUGCGACACAUCAACAGUGUGACACAUCAACAGUGCGACACAUCAACAUGUGACACAUCAACAGUGCGACACAUCAACAGUGCGACACAUCACACACAGUGCGACACAUCAACAGUGCGACACAUCAACAGUGCGACACAUCACAGUGCGACACAUCAACAGUGCGACACAUCAACAGUGCGACACAUCAACAGUGCGACACAUCAACAGUGCGACACAUCAACAGUGCGACACAUCAACAGUGCGACACAUCAACAGUGUGACACAUCAACAGUGCGACACAUCAACAGUGUGACACAUCAACAGUGCGACACAUCAACAGUGCGACACAUCAACAGUGCGACACAUCAACAGUGCGACACAUCAACAGUGUGA